GUCGACCAAGAGGGGAAUUCGUUCAGUUUGAAAUGGGAGCAGUGUUGGCAUUCAUAAAAAAACUGUGGUGCGUCCGAAAACAGCUGAUAAUACUUCUCACGCCGCUUCUACUUCUCCCGUUAGUUUUUGUGCUUCCAGAGAAGGAGGGGAGAUGCCUGUAUGUGGUGCUGCUUAUGGCCGUAUUCUGGUGCACAGAGGCCCUUCCAUUGGCCAUCACCGCCCUCCUGCCCAUUUGCCUCUUCCCCACCAUGGGAAUCCUCCCCUCGAAAAAGGUCUGCCCUCAGUACUUCCUCGACACCAACUUUCUGUUCUUCAGCGGCCUGGUCAUGGCGUCCGCCAUCGAGGAGUGGAACCUGCACCGCAGGAUCGCUCUGAAGGUCCUCAUGGUUGUUGGGGUGAAACCGGCUUGGCUCAUACUGGGCAUGAUGCUCACAUCCUCCUUCCUGUCCAUGUGGCUCAGCAACACGGCCACUACUGCCAUGAUGCUGCCCAUCGCGAGCGCUAUCCUGGAGAGCCUGUUUGGAGACUUGCAGACACUGAAGGACAACUGCAAGAUCAAGGAUGAGCCGGAUGGUAAAACACCUGUGAAGCUGCAUGCGCUGACCUCUGAAAAACAAAUACUGACGAUGGAGGACGGAAGGAAGGAUGGUCAGGAGCCAUUUGAUGGGAGGACGACGGUGGAGAUCAGGACGGAGGCCGAGUACCAGCUGAAGGUGUGGAAGGGCUUCCUGAUCUGCAUCCCCUAUGCUGCCAGCAUCGGAGGGACGGCCACCCUGACUGGGACCGCCCCCAAUCUUAUCCUGGUGGGCCAGAUGAAAAGCUACUUCCCCGAUUGCGACCUCAUCAACUUCGGCUCCUGGUUUAUAUUUGCCUUUCCUCUGAUGGUGGUGUUUCUGUUCCUGGGCUGGAUAUGGAUCGCCUUUCUCUACGGAGGACUCAGUACACAGCUGAGGCCCUGUGCCGCGAAGCAGGACAACAGAGCGGCGGUGGAGGCCAAAGCCAAGGCCGUCAUUGAAGAAGACUACAAGAAACUGGGCCCUAUGAAUUUUGCGGAGAAAUCCAUAGGUUUUUUUUUCAUUAUGUUCGCCGUUCUCCUCUUCACCAGAGAUCCAAAAUUCUUUCCAGGAUGGGAAAGGUUUUUCAAUAAGGGGUACGUUUCAGAUGCUGUCACUGGUGUUGUCAUAGUCUCCAUACUCUUCUUCUUCCCCUCUCAAAGGCCUUCUUUUAACUGGUGGUUUGAUUUCCGAUCACCAAACACACAGUACAUCCCUCUUGUCUCAUGGAAGAAAGUGCAGGAUUCUGUCCCAUGGAACAUCAUCCUGCUGCUCGGUGGAGGGUUUGCAAUGGCCAAAGGGUGUGAGGAGUCAGGACUGGCUUCGUGGAUCGGGAAGCAUCUCCAGCCGCUGGCCGAGGUUCCGCCAGGCCUGGCCCUCUUGCUGAUCACCGCCUUCGUCGCCUGCUUCACCGAGUUCGCCAGCAACACCGCCACCAUCAUCAUAUUCCUGCCCAUCAUCGCCGAGCUGGCAUUAAACAUCCGGAUCAACCCUCUCUACUUCAUGAUACCCGCUACCAUCGGCUGCUCAUUUGCAUUUAUGUUGCCCGUCUCCACCCCGCCAAACUCCAUCGCCUUUGCAUCUGGCCAUCUUAUGGUGAAAGACAUGGUCAGGACGGGCUCUAUGAUGAACGUCCUGGGCAUACUGGCGGUCUGCCUGGCUGUGAACACUUGGGGGGUGUACAUGUUCGAUCUGACCACGUUUCCCGACUGGGCCGUUCCGGUCAACACGUCCACGGCUCUCGCACACCCGCACAACCUCACGGUCAGGCACUUAAACGCCACCGGGUGAAGUAGGACACACCCCCUUCCCCACCCCUAUCUCUCAGGCUCCUCCAAUCAAAAUGCAAAUCUACAUGCCUAUGUAUUUAAGGUUAAAAUAUUAUUUUGAAUCAGGAGAAUUAAGGUUUGAAAUCAGUGUUGUUAUAUCACAAAUAUCUAACUUAACUGUGAUUUAAAGGACUGGAAGUUUUCUGAUUCAGUUUGUGUAUUGGACUUUAAACAUUUUUUAUGUGUUCUGGUAUAAUUAUUUGUCCUUUUUUAAUUUAAAGUCAAUUUUAAUUGAAAGUUAAUUUUAAGUUCUGUGGCACAUAAAGGUUGAGUCUUUCUGAGAGGGAUGUUGAGAAACUGUUACAUUUUCUAUGCUAUGCAUCAUGUAAUUGCCUUAACGGUUCAUGCAUUGGUCAUGAAUGUACACAUAGAUUGUAAGGAGUUUUCUUCUGUAUAUGUAAGUUUUAACAAUGCAUUUUUAUUUCAAAAGACACAUGCAGACAUUUUUGAUGUAUGAAGUAUUGAAGUAUGUUUAUGAGACACGGUUGUUAUUAUUUGGGAUAUUUUCACUGAUUUGAGGUGUGACUUGUCAUCUUUUACCCCCUCACUGUUCUGUGUGAAUGCGUUAACUUGCAUUUCAGUGUUGAAAAGGAGCAAUGUCACAGUCAUGGAAAGAUAAUUGUAAACUUGCGCUUGGGUGAUUCUAGUUACACAGUUACCUCGAUGGCCAUUGUCACUGUAUUCGGCACUCAGAGGAAAUGCACAAAUAUGAAAUGCCUGUCAUAUCUAGAUGAACAUUUGUAUCAAAGUACAAUAUCUGUACAUUCCAAGAUUUGUUCUCACAUUUGUCUACACAUACACAGAUGCAAAUGUGCACCUACACACACGGGCACUCAUACUCAUGCCUGAACAAACACAAGCACUCACACACUCAGACAGACAUAGACACACAAAUUGAGAGACAUUACAAGGAACUCGGCAUUAAUAUUACAAGGACUUGGCAUUAAAAUUAUAUUUUGUCCAAUGAGAUGAAAUGGACCAAUGCUGCUAUGAAAAUGUACAUUGAGGGAAGUCCCACCCUAAAAAAUAAAGAUUGCAUAUGAGCAGGAACAUAAUAGUUUAUUUAUGCAUAUACUGUAUGUUUUUAGAAAAAUAAAGUGAAGAAUGUGAAUACUGAUCAAAUCUUUUUUGGCGUAAAUGUGAUUAAUUGAUCAUUCAUGUCCUACUACGGUAUGUACACCCUUGAUUUUUCCUGGCUAAGUGAUAGGCCUCAAGCUUAAACUUUUACCGUUGUAAAUGUAGCCUAUGAUGAACACUUAUCAACAUAAGAGCACGUGAUUAAAUAGGGAUCUAUUUUCCUGAGUAUCGAGGCUGUAUCUUGGAAGGCAACUUCAGUGUUCAACUGGAGAUCAUCCAAAAUUUCAUCCGACUGAUUCCACGGUUGAAUGUGUAAAUCCUCCUUACACACUUCUUGCCCACAGAAUGAAUGUCAGCAUGUUUUUGAGUGUUUUGUGUGUAGGUGUGUGUGUUUGUGUGAGCCUGAGCGUGUUUCCUGUAUGUAAAAAGGGCUUGUUGCCAAUUAAUAUAAAUGUAGGUAAGCACGUAGUAAAGCGAUACAUUCACAUACCAGCGUAUUGUGGGUUAAUGUCAUGUGUAUGAUGACUUGAAUCACUUCCUCUCUUCAUACUGAAAUAAUGAAUCACAGAUGAUUGACCAAUAUUCCACAGAGCAGGGUAUAUUCAUUUCAUAAUGACUCAGCUGACUGUUGUUGGUGUACUUUGUAAAGUUCUGCUGUACUUUUGACAUGUUGUGUAAGAUGUAUCAUAAGAGGUCUUUGGCUUCAGGUCUUGUGCUGGGGUUAAGUAUUUAAGGGGGCCAGUUAUAAGAUUCUUGACAAAAGUAAACGGUUAAGAAUUUUAGGCAAUGUUACAGUCGAAUUGGAACCAACAAAUCAACUGGAAUUUGUUAUGUUUUCAUGUAAUUUAUGUGUGUCUAUGCAUUAUUGUUAUUAUGUAGUCAAUACCAUUCAGUAUAAUUUGCACAGUAAGGUCGAUAGCCCCAAAUUAGUACAAUGUAAAGUUCUACCACUGCUGGACUAUUGUAUAUUCAUCACACGUGUAACUGUAGACAGAUCUGUCUUACUGUUCACAAUUUAUUUCUUUCAAAUGAAAAUGAAAUUAUAUCCUAAACACUGAUGUUCCCCAUUAUAGGGCUAGAUUUUGAUUUCUUUAGGUGGACAUAUACUCUCUUGUCAUUCGUUAGUCCACUGGUGUGCUGCCACAAACAGAUGAGUGAAUGCUGUGCAUAAGUUCAAGCCACAGAGAUGCAAAUGGCUGCCUGAUAUUACGAGCAGUUAAAAUUUAUCAAGCAGCGAAGGACAGUGCUGCUGCUAUUAUAUCUUUCUCUGAACAUAAACCUUAACCUUGGAACCAAACCACAGAUUCUAUAUACUAAACAGAUGGUCCAUACACUACACUACACUAAACAUUCCAUCUGUCCUCUCUACUUUAUAGUGACAGGUGGUUCUGGUGCAUUAUAUUAUCAUUACCCCUUCCCCAAUUGCACAUUUCUAAAAUGCGAAAAUUGUCUUAUGUUUAGAAUGCUGACCAUUUAGUUAAGACUGAUAUAUAACAUCUUUGACUAAACCCCAGAGCUUUUCAGUGUUUAUGUGUUAAGUGCAAGCCUCCAUUAUCUCAGACAGUUUUGUGAGGUAAUAAAGGGUGAUGUAAUAACGAAA